GGCUCGAGCCGCGGCCCCCCCGGGAGCCCCGAGCGCUCCCAGGAGCCCGCGCGCGCUCCCCGUCCGCAGGCCCUCGGGCCUCCCGACCGCGCCCACGAAUGGUCGCCGCGGGAUACCUUCACACGGCGCUGCUCAGGAGCGACGGCACGGCCGUGGCCUCCGGCGCGAAUCGCGCCGGCCAGUGCAACGUGCCGGCGCUGGACGGUGGCCUGAGCUACACGCAGGUCGCUGCGGGACGUGAACACACGGCGCUGCUCAGGAGCGACGGCACGGCCGUGGCCUUCGGCGGGAAUCGCUCUGGCCAGUGCAACGUGCCGGCGCUGGACGGUGGCCUGAGCUACACGCAGGUCGCUGCGGGACGUGAACACACGGCGCUGCUCAGGAGCGACGGCACGGCCGUGGCCUUCGGCCUGAAUUACGCUGGCCAGUGCAACGUGCUGGCGCUGGACGGUGGCCUGACGUACACCGCGCGCCUGCUCGUCGGCGCGACGCUGCUCCUGCAGGCGUCGCUGGACGGUGGCGCGGUGCGCUUCCUGACCCUGGGCGGGGUGGAGCGCUGCUGGGUGCGGGCGGCGCCUGGCGCGCCUCUCGCUGGCGUGCGCGACUGGCUGGCGGGCGAGCUGGGCGCGGGCAGGCUGGACCCCGGGCUCGGCCGCGCCGACGCCGCCCUGCCAGGCGGACGGCUCCUGAGCGGGGCCUCGGCGGGCGAGACCGUCGCGGACGCCUUCGCGUUGGCGCAAGGAAGUCCCGCGCGCGGCCUCGCGCGCGUCGCGUGGCCCUCCGCGCGCGCGGGGCCGGCGCCGGCAGGGUGCCCCAGGGUGCCUCACGGCCACUCGGCGGGGGGCGGCGAGAGCCGCGCCUCGCGCAUCGCGGGGCGCGGGCACGCAGGCCCUCGGGCCUCCCGACCGCGCCCACGAAUGGUCGCCGCGGGAUACCUUCACACGGCGCUGCUCAGGAGCGACGGCACGGCCGUGGCCUCCGGCGCGAAUCGCGCCGGCCAGUGCAACGUGCCGGCGCUGGACGGUGGCCUGAGCUACACGCAGGUCGCCGCGGGAAGUGCCCACACGGCGCUGCUCAGGAGCGACGGCACGGCCGUGGCCUUCGGCUGGAAUCACGGCGGCCAGUGCAACGUGCCGGCGCUGGACGGUGGCCUGAGCUACACCCACUACACGGAGGUCGCUGCGGGAACGUGCCCACCGGCGCUGCUCAGUAGCGACGGCACGGGCCGUGGCCUUCGGCUGGAAUCAACGGCGUCCAGUGCAACGUGCCGCGCUGGACGGUGGCCUAGCUACACGCAGGUCGCUGCGGGACGUGAACACACGGCGCUGCUCAGGAGCGACGGCACGGCCGUGGCCUUCGGCGGGAAUCGCUCUGGCCAGUGCAACGUGCCGGCGCUGGACGGUGGCCUGAGCUACACGCAGGUCGCUGCGGGACGUGAACACACGGCGCUGCUCAGGAGCGACGGCACGGCCGUGGCCUUCGGCGGGAAUCGCUCUGGCCAGUGCAACGUGCCGGCGCUGGACGGUGGCCUGAGCUACACGCAGGUCGCUGCGGGACGUGAACACACGGCGCUGCUCAGGAGCGACGGCACGGCCGUGGCCUUCGGCCUGAAUUACGCUGGCCAGUGCAACGUGCUGGCGCUGGACGGUGGCCUGACGUACACCGCGCGCCUGCUCGUCGGCGCGACGCUGCUCCUGCAGGCGUCGCUGGACGGUGGCGCGGUGCGCUUCCUGACCCUGGGCGGGGUGGAGCGCUGCUGGGUGCGGGCGGCGCCUGGCGCGCCUCUCGCUGGCGUGCGCGACUGGCUGGCGGGCGAGCUGGGCGCGGGCAGGCUGGACCCCGGGCUCGGCCGCGCCGACGCCGCCCUGCCAGGCGGACGGCUCCUGAGCGGGGCCUCGGCGGGCGAGACCGUCGCGGACGCCUUCGCGUUGUAG